AGAAUGUGGGGGUGAGCCUUGAGAAAUAGGAGGAGCCUCUGAACGACUAGAAAUGUCAAUCAGAGCAAGGAGUCCCAAUAAUCUAAGGCAAUCUGUAAGGACCUGACCUUAGUCCAUUCAGAUCAAUAGGGGAGCGAGGGAGGGGAGAGCGCGAGCGGAUCGUUUACACUCGGCCGUUGUGGAGGAAAUACAGACUUCCCUUUGCACUCGGCGCUCGCUGUAAAGUGGAUAUCGCAGCGCGCAUCGAGAAGGGCGACUCGCCGCUUUUGUUGUGAUCGCAGCAGUUCCUUUCUGUUUUUUUUUUUUUUUCGUCUCCCCCCUUCUCCUUCUCCUUCUCCUUCUUCCCUUUCUUCCCCGACCACGAUGUCCUUCCCGCAGCUGGGAUAUCAGUACAUCCGGCCGAUAUACCCGCAGGAGAGGCAGGGCAUGGGCGGCGGGCGCAGCGGUCCCGAGCUGAGCCCGUCCGGCGCGCUCUCCAGCGUGCUGUCUUCCAUGUAUGGAUCCCCGUUCGCCGCCGCGCAGACCUACGGAGCUUUCCUCCCUUACUCCAACGACCUGUCCAUUUUCAACCAGCUGGGAGCUCAGUAUGAGCUAAAGGACAGUCCAGGGGUCCAGCACCCAGCGUUCGCCCCUCAUCACGCUGCUUUCUACCCCUACGGCCAGUACCAGUUCGGUGACCCGUCCAGACCCAAGAAUGCCACCCGCGAGAGCACGAGCACCCUGAAGGCCUGGCUGAGCGAGCACCGGAAGAACCCGUACCCCACCAAGGGCGAGAAGAUCAUGCUGGCCAUCAUCACCAAGAUGACCCUCACCCAAGUGUCCACCUGGUUCGCCAACGCCAGGAGGAGGCUGAAGAAGGAGAAUAAGAUGACGUGGACGCCCCGGAACCGCACAGACGAAGAAGGGAACGUGUACGGCAGCGACCACGAGGGCGAGGACGGGGACAAGCGCGAGGACGAGGAAGAGAUCGACCUGGAAAACAUUGACACGGAGAACAUCGAGAGCAAGGACGACUUGGACGAGCAGGACGAGUUGCACUCCGAUUUGAAGCUGGACGGCAGCUGCGACUCGGAGAUCUCAGACGGCUAUGAGGAUUUACACGGACCUGAGCCAAAGUUUUUGAAAGCCGUGGUCAAAGAGGGCAAAGACGCGCACGCGGACCGGGCAGAGCACUUCCACCACCACCACCAUCAUCACCACCUCCACCACCACGCUCUGGACCUCAAAACGCAGCCGCCCAACGGCGAGCAAAUCAAACUCAACCAGGUCCCCAACUCUCCCCCCAACGAAAACAACGCGCCCCCAGUCCAGAAACCCAAGAUCUGGUCUCUGGCCGAGACGGCCACGACCCCGGACAAUCCCCGCAAAUCUCCCCUAAUGAAUGGGACCUCCUCCGGGCCCGGCGCCCAGACCAUCGUCCCGCCUCACAGACUCAUCUCGUGUCCCGUUGGGAAAAUUCAGAACUGGGCGAACCGCGCGUUUUCCGCGCAUCAGCUCGCCUUACUGAACUCGAACCAUUAUUUGGGACUGGCCAACCAGGCUUCGGCCCUCUACUCCAACAGGCAAGCGGAGGAGCGGAGUCCCAGCUCAGAGACUGCGGCCACAGGUACAUGCCACCCUCACUGAGACUGUCCGGAGACUUUUACAGGCUUGUUAAGAACACUGCUUUCCUUUCGGUAGACCUUACGCCUCAUGUUUUUUCUUUUUUCAAACCUCUACUUUCAAUGGCUUCACAAAACACGUCAAAAUGUGGCAUGAGAAGAGAGAGAAACAGAAGGAGCAUGCUCAAGCACAGGGAAGGAAAAGGCCAAUUCAAAUACUUUCAUAUGUAUUUUGUCCUUGAACUCCUCAUUUUUAUCUGGAUAACCUUUAAAUUUGAAAUCAACAGGGGUGUUGGCGUUGGCGUUUCUGGAACGUGUGCUGGCUGGCUUUAGACGUUAGCUGUGAAAAAAAGACUCAAAAACUUUCGGUAUGUUAAGUCUAAAUUGAUUGUGUUGCUGUUAUGAUUUCAGAGAUUUUAGUGCCUUGGACGCAGAGAACAAGUAAAAACAGCCAAGAACAGACACUUGUUUACGCAGAUGAUUACUUAAUAUGAACCUGCUCCACUGUUUUCUUUUAUUGGACUAUUCAACAGACGCUAUAUAUAUAUAUAUAUAUAUAUAUAUAGCUGAAUUCCUCUUGUGCUGUUUAAUGUGAAACGUCACACCAAGCAUCCGUAAUCUCAAGCGCGUCGUUUGGCAAUAAUUCAAAUAAUUCAAAGGAAUAACGCGAUUCCCUCCUUAACCUUCUCGCGCAAUUAAGUUUCCCAUUUUAAUUUGAAUUUUCCACCUCUUAUUCCCCAAACCCUUUACUGUUAAUUUCCCAUGUCUCCCGUAGGCCUCAGAACCCCACUUGAAGCUGCCAUGGUGUUAUCAGCCCUUUCCUCCUCCUAGGGGCUCUUUUUGUCUUUUAUAAAUCUCCAUUUUAACCUGUUUUAAGGAAUGUUUAAAAAAAAGAAAGAAAAAAAGAAAAAAGUGGAAUAACAGCCCUCCUGUAUACUUACCUUGUAAGCAUGUCUUGUGUAAAAUUGCUAAUGCAAUGCUGUAAGAAACUGUAGUCUGUGAGUUUAUUUUUUGUUUUGUUUUUGUUUGUUUUUCUUCUUUUUUUUCUGUUCUUUCGUUUUGUAAGUUCUGUGAGGAUUUAAUGUUGAAAUUGUUUUGUAUAUAUAACGUAAAGAAAAUGUACAUACUUGUGAUCCAAAAUUGUACAACAAAGUAUAUAUUUUGGCUAAUAAAUGAACCGCUGCAACUUAAAGCAA